GAAAGACAAAGACACCUGUGGGAAGAGAACAGAAUUUACUCCCCAGCCCUAUAAGCCAACAAAUUGGUUGGCAGCGCUGAGGAGUGCAUAGUGGAAGCCAAGGUUUGUGAGGAAGAGAUGGAGGUGAGGAAACAGCAUUAGUGGUAUUUUAAAACUCCAUGAUCAUCUCCUGCGGAGAGCACAUUCAUCUUUUCAGGCAUGGCUCCAGCGGGCUGCAAGUCCAUCAGCUUGAGAAAAGAUUUCACGCUCCCUUAUCACCAGGCACAAACUGUGUUUGAAGCAGUUUGAAAGCCCCUGAGAAGGCUCCCCUUUCUAUAGCAUUAGCCACCUCUGCUCCAGUGGAGGAGGACACAGAGCGAGAUCUUCUCACUUGUGCAGCAGAUCCUGAGGACACAACUCUCUGUUGUCCUCCUACCUUCCCUUGCACUGCCAACAUUGCCCCUGCAGGGUAAAUCACCUCGUGAAAAAGCUUCCCUUCACCCAGAUAACCAGCCAUGGAGAACAGGCAGACAUGCAGGCACCUUUUUUCAUGUCAAUCUAAUCAGAGUUUAUUGAUUCCUCUUGCCUCCAGCUAAUGUACUUUUAUUAUUAUUAAUAAAUAAUCAUUUUUCUAUCAGUAGACCCUGUGCCCAGGAGCCUUAGAGGAUUCUAGCAAAAAGUAUUAUUAUUAAAACUAAAGAUUUCUAAAGGGUGGAACAGCAGCACAGCCUGGUAAUCAGACAGAAUAUGCAAGUGGGGAGCAAAAUAUCCCCACCUGAGAAUAUGUGAUGGAGCUACACAUUGGCUUCUUGCCCUCGGGCCACCAAUUACAGCCAUGGUCUCUCAUUCAUGAUCCUUCCUGCUUCGCCGACAUCCCCCAAGGACACAAAGGGUGCGGGUGGCUCUUUGGUGAGCUGUCACCCCCCCAGACACGCUGGCUCUUGCAGGACCAUGCCCUGGCAUGGUGGAUGACUCAGUGCUCAGGGCUUCACGCUCCUCCUGGUUGGCGCCCGCUCUGCAGAAGCUCCAGGCAGCCUCUCUCCUCUGCCCAGCCUGCUGCCCAGCCCUGCUCCGAUGCGCCUACAGUCAUGCAGGGUCUCUUUCCCACCCUAGGCAGAAGUCUGGAGGGGAUGGUCUUUCCCAGAGGACUGCACAUACCUGCUCUUGAAAAGGCAGGAACCACGACAUCACCAAACUAGACAAAGCACGCUGCCUCUGACCAGUAGGCUGCAGAAUAGUGACUGCAGUGAUUUCAGGGCCUGUUGGGAUGGUCAGCAGAGGACUUGCAGGUCAGUAACAACGUCUGCCAUGAAAACACUGGGUUGCCCAAGGAAGUGAUUUUGUUGUCAUGCCAGAGGAGCAGAGCUUUACCAACUAAAGGGACCAACACCUUUCUGCAAGCCUGAAGUCAGCACAUCAUGUCAGCUCUAUCCCAUCUACUUGGUUCGCUUUCUGUUCUCCAGGGACUUCCCUGCCAGCUGCCCCCCAGCCAUUACCAAGGGCUUUCCCUCCUAUGUUCUGAUUCUCUCAUUGGCUGUGCAGUGCUCUAGCCAAGUCCCUGCACCAGGACAGCCAUGGGAGAACCCAGCACAGCCCUUCCUUCUGCACCAGAAAUCACAUGGACCACAACAUGCACAUAACACUGGAAAACAAACACCUUGCUCUCUGUUCCUGUAGAUGAAAUAGGAGCUUCAGAUUAAGUUAAUCCAAUUUUCCGAAUAAAAUAGGUUGCUUUUUUGGCAGGUAAAAAUGUACACGUGGUCCAAAUGGAAGUAAACAAGACCUGAGAGCCCUUUUUUCUGUGCAAAGCCACUUUCCCACAAAGUGUGCUCAGGUGAUGACAGAAGGGCUAUAAAGGAAGCCCCAGGGUGCUCAUACCCACAUUCUGGUUUCUGAUCCAGCCAUGGCCAUAACAAGCUUGCUGCAGUGCGUGGCCAUCAGCUUGCUGCUCUAUCUGGCAGCAGGGCUGGCCGUUCUCCUUUACUUCACCACCAGCUGGAAGAAGAGAGUUUACAAUUUGCCUCCCGGGCCACAGCCUCUUCCUCUGAUUGGAAACUUGAAUGUGGUGGACCUGAAAAAGCCAUUCCAGUCGCUGACAGAGCUCUCCAAGCUAUAUGGCAAUGUCUUCACCGUGCAUUUCGGACCCAGGAAAGCUGUGGUGCUGGCUGGCUAUGAAACCAUCAAGGAUGCCCUCUUAAAUCAUGCUGAAGAAUUCGGAGAGAGAGCAGAAAUACCCAUAUUUAGGAAAAUGACACGAGGAAAUGGCAUAGCAUUCAGCCAUGGAGAGUUAUGGAAAACUAUGAGAAGAUUCACCUUGUCCACACUGAGAGAUUUCGGAAUGGGAAGGAGAACGAUUGAGGUCCGAAUCCUCGAGGAACUGAAUUCUCUAAUUAAAUAUUUUGAAUCUUAUCAAGGGAAACCAUUUGACACGAAGAUGAUCCUCAACAAUGCUGUAUCCAAUGUCAUCUGCUCCAUACUGUUUGGAGAGAGGUUUGAAUAUGAUGAUCCAGCAUUUCUCACUUUGCUGAAGCUGUUAAAUGAGAAUACCAAGCUGCUGGGCUCUCCGAUGGUGCUGUUGUAUAACUUCUACCCAUCCCUUGGAUUUCUCUUUGGAGCUUCCAAGACCGUGCUACAAAAUAUCAGGGAGCUGAGUGCUUUCCUCCAGAAACUCUUCAAGGAGCACAAAGAAGAAUUUAAUGAGAACAACUUAACAGGCUUCGUUGAUGCCUUCAUGAUGAAGCAACAACAGGAGUCAAAGAAACCCCACAGUAUGUUCCACAAUGAAAGCCUGCUGUUUUCAACCCUGGAUCUCUUUGCUGCUGGGACUGAGACUACUUCUACAACCGUGCGCUGGGGUCUCCUUCUGAUGAUGAAAUACCCAGAAAUUCAGAGAAAAAUUCAGGAAGAAAUGAACCAGGUGAUUGAGCCGGGGGAGAUGCCGAAGCUGGAGGACCGGAAAAGGAUGCCUUACACAGACGCAGUGAUACACGAAGUACAAAGAUUCGCCAACAUCGUCCCGAUGGGGGUGUCACGAUCAACACCUACAGAUGUGAAUUUCCAAGGUUAUGUGAUUCCUAAGGGUACAGAGAUUAUACCGCUGCUGACCUCUGCUCUAAAUGACGAGCUGCACUGGAAAACCCCGCAUCAGUUCAACCCUUCCCACUUCCUGGAUGCUGAUGGGAACUUUGCUAGGAGAGAGGCAUUUAUUCCAUUCUCCGUAGGACGAAGGGCUUGUGUUGGAGAAGGCCUGGCCAAAAUGGAGCUGUUCCUCUUCUUCGCAGGCUUGCUCCGCAAAUUUGUUUUCCAGCCCCCUCCAGGGGUGAACACAGCAGAGCUGGAUCUCACUGCUGACGUCGGCUUCACCCUGAACCCCAUGCCUCACCUGGUCUGUGCUGUGCCCUGCAAGUGAUCAGACAACAUGGAGGUGGUGUAGUGGGCACUUCAAGCUUGAACGCAAGUCUAGCUACAGGGGGAAAAGCUGUCUGCCUGAGCUUUAGGGAAAGGGCACUGGGUUCUGCUGUUUGUCUUUUGUUCGUAUGAUCCUUUCCAAGAGCUCUUGUACCCUCUGUACGAUGCAAACCCUUCAGACACCUCUGAGCACUGCUCCCACAUUCAGCAUGACCCACCUCUGAAUACCAGAGAUGCAGUUUUCACAGCUAUUUCAAAGAAUGACUUAGUUUUGAGCCUCCUCUACAAACAACCCACCUGGGGCUCUCCACUGAGAGCCUCUAUGGGGAGUUUCUCAGCCUGAAUCCCAGCUGUAUAGCACAGCUGGUUAUCGAUGGCCCAGCUGGAGACAACAG